AUGGAGGCUCUAUCCAAAGUUCUCGAGAAUGCAGUUGAGAAUGGGAAGAUCAAGCUGCAUCCUAACUGUAAAGAUCCACGUGUUACUCACUUACAUUUUGUAGAUAACCUACUUGUCUUCUCGGAUGGAUCCCGUCAUUCCCUCAAAGGUAUAUCUGACGUUAUGGCUGAAUUCAUAACUGUGAGCGGCCUUGAAUUGAACCCCAGGAAAUCAGAAAUCUUCUUUGGAGGGUAUCUGGACAUUGAAGCAUCAGUAUUGAGCGAUCUCUCUGGGUUCAAGCUUGGCACCUUUCAUACAAGAUAUCUUGGCCUUCCGUUAAAGCCUGGUAAAAGACUCUCUCUUGCUGUUCUCCAACCACUGAUUGAUAAGAUUGGAACUAAACUUCAGAGUUGGACAGUCAAGUACCUCUCUUUCACGGGAAAGAUCACUCUUAUCUAUUUGGUUAUCUAUGGCUUGGUGAAUUUCUGGAGUGCGGUGUUUGUUUUGCCCAAAGAUUUCUACGCUAAAAUAGACUCAAUAUGUGAUGGUUUCCUAUGGAACAAUGAUGCAUCAUCAGCUAGAGAAUCUCGGGUAGCUUGGGCUGAUAUAUGCAAGCCAAAGGCUGAAGGAGGUUUUGGAAUCAGACGUUUGGAGGAUUUUGAAAAAUUCUUCAGGCUCAAAAGAGUGUGGAAUUUCUUCACUACUUCAGGGUCUAUCUGGGUUGUUUGGCUCAAAAGACACACGUUCAGAAGGCUGGGGUUUUGGCUGACUCUUAACUCGAAUAAGUUAUUUACAACAAUAAAAUAG